AUGGAAAAGAGUGUUAAUGUAUAGAUUUAACUUAAUUUAGGUGUUUUUAAUUUGAGAUGCUAAAAUGCUUCAAUAAUAUAGCUGUCUAAUUUAGGCUGCUCUGAUAAAUUUAGUAAGCAUGCGUGCAUGAAUGUCAGAAAUCAUAGAUGCUAAUGGGACUUAUCUUGCCAGUAUGUUUCAAAUGAACAAAUAGAAUUUAUGUCAUGUGAUUAGUAAUAUAAAAUGCCUGUGUCCCCUUUGGUUUGUUCAUCCAUACCAAAAUUAGAAUGUAUGAACUCUGGUCCCUUAGGAGAUUAUAAAUGUGUUUCAAUCUAUGAGAAGGAUUAUUCAUAGUUAAAAUGCACUGAGUUAGGAUUGACUGAGCUAGCUUGUAGAAAGAUAGUUGCGUUUGAAGAAAAAUGUAUUUUUUAAAAUAAUGUUUGCCGAAAAAUUUAAGAUAAUGAAAUUGUAAAUUGCAAUUAAAAGAUCAAUAAAUUAGCAUGCCUCUCAAUAGAUAAUCCCAACCUUAGUUGUUAUUGGAUGAAUCUAUAAUGCUUAGAAUUUAAAUUAUCAGAUGAAAAUUAAGAAAUCCCGUCUAACAUCAGUGUAAGUUCUAAUGUGUGUUCUAUGCUUAAAGAUCCUUAUAAAUUUGAUGCCAAAAAGUAUUAAUGCGUACCUAUCCCUUCGGAGAAUUUUCAAAUUUUGGACUGUAAUACAAUUGGAUUAUCAAAGAAAGGUUGUCUUUUAGUAAAAAAUAAAAAUUGUUGUUUUUAUGGAGGAAAAUGUUAAGAACUUAAUGAAUAAGAUCUUAAAAAUUAUUUAUGUGAAAUGGAUUUGAAUGAAUAGGCAUGUGUUAAUUUAGAGACUGAAUUUCAAUAUUGUUAAUGGAAUGGAAAUAAUUGUGAAAGAAUAUUUAUGAAUUAAGAUAUUGAUUGUCCUUUAAAAUUUAAUAACGAUUUAAUGAAAGUUAAUGGAAAUGUUUGUUAAGCUAUAUCUAAAUCAAAUGUUUUAUGUAAAUAUGAUAAAAACACAAAUUUAUGUGUUGCAAGUACAAAUUAUGAUGAAUGUGAGACUCCAUUUCUUAAUUUUCUUGGUUGUAUUAGUAUUUAAAAACAUCAUUAAACAUGUUAAUGGUAUCAAAAUAAAUGUAGAAUCAUCACAAUUCAAUAAAAUAGCACUUUAUGUGAAACUUUAAAAUUUGUUAAUGCAUAAUCUUGUUCUUAAGUUUAUGAAAGUAAUUCUAUUGGUUGCUAUUAUGAUCAAAAUUCAUAUCAAUGUAAAUCUGUUUCAAUUGAUUCAAAUUAAUAGAUUUUAAAUAAAAUUCAGGAAUUAUAUACAAUUUCAUGUAAAGACUUAUCAUUAGGAAUUAAUAAAGUAUUAUGCGCCUCUCUUACUACUCCAUCCACUCCCUGUAGGUGGUAUUAAGAAUAAUGUACUUUUGCUAAAUAAUAAUCCUUAAAAAACAUCCUUUGUUAAAAUCAUAUUAAUGCAAAUUACUAAGCAUGUGCAUAAAUUGAAUUUAAUAAAACAAAAUGUUCCUAUUCUUACUAUGACAAACAGUGCUUUACGUUAAAACCAGGUGAUAUAAAGGGUUGUAAUAAUAAUGGAUUAAAUAAAUAUGCGUGCUCAUCUAUAGAUGAAUUUUGUUACUAUAAAGACUUUACUUGUAAAUAUGCUUAAGGAAAUUUGAAUAAUAUUUUCUGUCAAUCAAGCUAUCCGACAAAAAAAGCUUGUCUGGCUAUAACGACGGAAGGUUAAUUUUGUUAGUGGUCUGAUAAAAUCAAUGAAUGUAUAGAUUUUGUUAUAGAAGAAAAUCAUUAAUGUGAAAUAUAAAACGUCAACCACUUAGUCUGUGCUAAAGUUAUUAAUUAUGCACAAUAACAGGUAGAAGAUAAAGAUUUUAAGGGUUAUUGCAAAUAUAACGAAAAUAAAAACUCCUGUGAAGCUUUGGGUGAAUAUCAAUGUACAACGAAUUGUUGUACAGAGGCUGUUGGAAUAAACGCUCAUGCUUGCAUUAAAUUGUCUAAUAAAUCCUAUAUUUGUUACUUUUAUAAUCUAAGAUGCCAAGAAUUAACUAAAGAUGUAGUUGAUAUCAAUGAUCUUAAAUAAGUCAAAUUAUAUUUUAAUGCAUUGAAAUUACCAUGCUCAUCUAUAAUGAAAAAGUAUUGUCAUAUGAUUGAUUGGUCUGAAACCCAAAGAUGCUUUAGUUAUGGAGAAAUCUGUAUCCAUUUUAACACAAACUACUAUCCUAAUAUCAAAAAAUUGAUUAUUUAAAAAUAACCAGUAUUUAAUAAAUUUGCUUGUCUAUCAGUGGAGGGAGGAUCUGAGAAGAAGGAUGAGAAGGAUGAGAAUGAUGAGUUUAAAUAUUUAACUUAUAAUGAGGAAAAGAAAAUUUGCUAACCGACUAGAGCUAAAUAUCAGAGAUGUGAAGAGGUGAAUGGAAACAGGAAUGUUUGUAUGAGCCAUACUGAAAAUUUAUAUUGUCGAUGGAAUGCUAGUAAAUUAAAGUGUGUUACAAUUACUGAAGAAGAACUCGAUUAAAUAAAUAGUUGUGAGCUCGAUUAAAAUAAGAAUGCAUGUUUUAAAAAUAAACAUAAAAUUUGUUCUUUUGAUAUUAACACAGACAAGUGUUUAAAUUUUAAACCUGAUGAAAAAAAUGAUGAAUAAAAAAAUGUAUAAUCUGUAUGUGUAUAAUUAGAGGGUAAACCUUAUUAAUUUUCUUAAUCAAAUGAAUGUUCGGAUAAAGACAUACAAAAAUUUUCAGGUUGUGUUGAAACUAAUAUCAAUAGCUUAGCAUGUUAUAAGUAUUCUUAAGGAUAUUGUCGAUGGAAUUCAGAAUUUUUCUCUUGUUAUGAAAAUGAAGAUGAUUUUGACACAUUAGGUUGUUCUGAUAAUUUGAACUGGGCUCUUUGUUUAGAAGUCACAAAAGAAAAAUGUAUUUGGAAUGAAGCUAUAUCUUAGUGUUAAUCUUUUGAAAAAAUGACAAAUAAUGAUUGCGAAAAUAAAUUAAAUGAAAAUGCAUGUUUAUCUAUGAAUGAAUGCGGUUAUAAUUAAAAAGAUAAAACAUGUUAGAAGCUUGAAUAAAAUAUGAAUUGCUCAGAUAUUAAGAUGAAUAAAAGUGGUUGUCUAUUAAAUACUAGAGGACAUAAAUGCCAUUAUACUGAUGGAAAUUGUCAGUAGUUUUAAUCAGAUUAAACGAUUUGUGAUUCUUAAAUAGAUAUCAAUAUUGAAGUCUGUAUGGACAUACCUAAACCUUGUUAUUUUAAUAUUGAGUCAUUAAAAUGCGAAAAUGUUGAAAUUGAAAUAAAAACGACAUGCGAAUCUUUAUUUGAUUCAUUUCCAUAAUAUAAAAAUAAUAAUAUUGCUGAUUAAGAAUCCAAAGAAGGAAGAUAUUAUAACAAAAUGGCUUGUUCAUCUAUCAGCAUGGAUUUAGAAUUAGGUUAUGGAAAAGAAUAAUGUGUAGAAGAUUCUACUGAAAAGUAAUAAUGUAACUAUUAGAAAUAUUGUUUUUGGAAUUCCGCAGUUUAUACAUGUAAUGUGUAUGAAUUGCUAAAAUCUGAAUAUGAUAAAUAAUAUCAUAUAGGUACGACUGAAUAUUUGUGGGAAUCUAAAUAUAAUAAUGGUAGUAAUAGUACUCUAGAAGAUUUUGAAAAAUUAGAAAUAGAUAAGGAAUGUUCUCAACAAAUUUACCUAGAUGGAAAUUAUACACAAUAGAUUAACAUUUCAAUUUGCGAAAAUGUAAAGAAAAAAUGUCAAGAUAACUCAGAUUGCGUAUCACUCAUUACUUAUCAAAAACCCACAAGCAUAGAAGAAGCAUAAUAUUAAAAAAAGAAAUCAGACUAAAAUACAAAUGCUAACAGUAAUUGUUAAAAGUAUUGCUAGCCUGUUCAAAGUUGUUCAAAUUCCACUUUAGAAACUUCUCUCAAAUUCACAAACAAUUUAGAAAAGGUAUGCAAGUUUUUUACAUUCUACGUUUCUCAUCCUCUAUGUUCUAAUUUUAAAAAUAUUUAUAAGAUUACAGAAUGUGACAAUAUAUAUUCUAAAGCUCUUUGUUUAUAAUAUAUUGAAGCAGACUGCUAUUUUGAUAUCAACUAAGGAGGAUGCAGAUAAUUAACAGGAAACGAACAUAAAUUGCCAGGUUGUUCUGCCAUUUCAAAAAAAUGUGAUACAAGCUAUUCCAAAAAUGCCAUAUGUAAAGUUAAAGAAAUAUCACAAAAUUGCUAAAGUAUUGAGAUUGAAACAACACAGUGCUAAAAGAUUGUCAAUUUGAAAUAAAUUACAUUUGGCUAAAAAUGUUCUGAAAUUUUGCCUGGUUAGCCGAUUUUAUGUGCAAAAGCUAAGGAUGUGUGUCGAUUUGAUGGGACAAAAUGUUAUAGUAAUACUAAUCAAGAUCCUUGCAAAUGUGAUAAAAGUUAUAGCAAAGAAUUAUGUGAAUACUGCAAUUGUGAUUAUAUGUUUUUAGGUUAUUGCUAAGAAAAAGUAAAAGAAAAUGAUAAAGAAAAAAACCUAAGUCCUUAAUUAAAUGAGGAUUGCUCAAAUUAAUAUUCUUUAUGUUAUGAAGUUACAGAGUUUGUAGAAUAUAAUAAAAAAAAGGUUUGUGGUUAUGUUGAUCAAGCAUGCAAAUUUAAAGAUAAUAAAUGUGAGGAUGCAACUCAUUCUACUUGCACUGAAUUAAUAGACCUUAUUGUGUCUUAAUAAGCUUGCAUAAGAUGUAAAGAUUAACCAAUGAAAUAUAGCACAACUAAAUAAAAAUGUGAACCUAUAUAUCAGACUAUUAAUCAAUGUGAAAAUCUAAAUAAAGAAGCUUGUUUAUCAUAAUCAAAAGGUAUAAAAUGUAAAUGGAAAUGGAAUAAAACUUCAAAAUGUAAGGGAAAAAAAUUUGAAUUUGAGUGUUAAAACAUAGAAGAUAAAGAUUUAGAUUUAUUAGAUUGUGCUAUUUUAAAUGAAGAUGCUUGUAAGGAAAAAUAAUAUAAUUUAUGUUGGUUCAAUUAGGAAACUAAAUUAUGUAUGAAAUAUAAUCCAUUUAAAGGAGAAUGUCAAUCAUUUAAGAAUAAGUAAACUUGCAUAUAAUCUAUGGUUGAAUCAUGUAUAUGGACAAAUGAUACUUGUUAAAUUGCAUCAGAACAAUAACAAUGUGAUGGUCUUAAUAAAUUUGGAUGUUUAAAUUGCUAAAGUAAACCUUGUGUGUGGUCUGAUAAAAGUAAUAAAUGUGAAUUAGCUAUAAUCAUUGAUCCAUCUCAAAAUUGUACUGAUUUAUAAUAAUCUGAUAUUUCACAUGUGAAUGCUUUAACUUGUAGAUCCAUGAAAACUAAAAAACCUUGUAUUCUAAGUAAAAAUUACAAAUGCAGAGAAAUUAUUGAACCUAUACUAUAUCAAUGUGAAACUGUUGGAUUAAAUAAAUACGCUUGUAUUUUAAAUACUAAAAAUAAAUGUGCUUUCUUAAAUAAAGAGUGCAUCACCAUUCAUACCCAAAAAGAAGGGUGCAAAGAUUAUCUAAAUCAAAAUGCUUGCUUGAAUUAAGAAGAAUAAUGUCGAUUUGAACAUAUUUGCAUGGAAUUUAAGUAUAAAAAUUAUGAUUAGUUAUAUUAAAGUGGCGUUAAGAAUUAUUCUCGCAACAUUUGUAAGUAAUUUGAUAAGGAUUUAAGUUUUAAUAAAAGUUUAAUAUAUUCUGAUAUUGAAGGAAGGUUUAUUGAAAUCCCAUAAUCAAAUGCUUUUAUUUCUAAAUGUGGAACUAAUGGUAUCAAUAAAUAGGCUUGUUUAUCAAAUACUUAAGAUUUAUGCUAAUACGUAGAUUUUGAAUGUAAAAUCUUUAGAAAUCAAAAUUAGUAAGAAUGCCUCUCUAGUUUAAAUUGGGUAGCUUGUAUUAAUUUGGAUCAAAAAUGCAAGUUUGUGUAAUUUAAGUGCUAACCUUUAUCAGAGGAAUCCUGUGAGAGUUUAAAAAUAGAAAAAGCUAUCAUAAAUUAUAAGGUUUGCGCAAACACUAUUGACAAGCCUUGCAAAUAUGAUAGUAAUACAUUAUCUUGCACAGAUGAAAUUGAUCAAGAUGAACCCUGUUCAGCCUUGGGUUUAAAUUAAAAAGGUUGUGUUUUUAAGACAAAAUCUUCAAAAUGUAAGUUUUAAGAUAAUGAAUGUAAAAGUGAUUAUGAAACAGCUUAAACAGCAUUAUGCACAGACAAGAUUAAUGAAAGGAAAUGUUUAAGCAUAUAAAACUAGAAUUGUAAAUUUUUCUAAGAGGAUGGAUGCUAAAACAUUUGCUAAAUUGGUACUUGUUUAGAGCAACCUUGUUAUUAUGAUGAAGAAGGUAAAAUUUGCAAAUAGUUAUAAUUAAAUGAUGAUCAUUUUAAUGGGCCUAAUUUACAUUUGUUAAACUAAUAGGCUUGUUUGAUUAUUGAAAAUUCAAACACAUUUUGGGAUGAUCAAUGUAUUUUGGCAACAGAAGAAAUGCUUAAAACAUUAGAAUGCCAUAAAAAACUUAAUAAGUUGGCCUGUCGAAAUGUGAAGACUAAAUCUCAGUAUUGUUAAUUUUUGGAUGGACGUUGUAAAGCCUAUGAUACAGAAUCUAACUAGAAAUGCGAAAAUAUUAGACAUAUCAACAAUGGAAUUAUUUGUUCUCUAAUUAAAAAUCAAGAUUGCAAAUAUGAUUCGUCUUAAUCUAAUUGUGUAAUAGUUGAGUAAGAAGAAUCAAAAAAAUUGAACUGUGAGGAGAAGGCAUAAUAGUUUUAUAGUUAAAAAGCAUGCGAAUAAGAUAAAAAUUGUAGAUUUAUUGAAAAAUGUAUAUAAAAAAAGGAGGUAUAAGAUCAAAAUAAAGAACAAUGUACGAGAGUGACAAAUAUGCCAUCUUUUUGGAAUGGAGGUGAAUGUAAAUAAAAAGAAAAAAAAUUAUCAGAUUCUUGUUAAGAUAUUUCUGCAAUGUCUGGUAAUUUAAAUGCCUGUAUUCAAGUUGAGAAAUUUGGAGAAAUGUGUGUUUUUAAAGAUGAUAAAUGCUAAGCAUUUCAUGAAAAUGAGGGAAAUCACACCAAUUGUCCUAAUAAUAUUAAUAAAAAUGCAUGUUUGUAGUAAACAAAGUUUGAAUGUUUUUGGAAGUCUGUACAAGAUAAUGUUUUAGAACAUUGUGAAAUAUUUGUCAAACAAAAUGAAAGCGAUUGUGAAAAUAAUUUGAGUCUUAAAGCUUGUUUAAGAAUAACAACGGAAGGAACAUAUUGUUAAUGGAAGCAUGGAGAAUGUUAGAAAGUUUAAGUUAAUGAAUUAGAUACAGAAUUAUUAUUAAAAAGGUAUGUUAAUAGCAACACUUGCCGUUUGUUAAAAAAUGUGGCUGUUAUUUAUGAUUAAAACUUAUACUAUUGUGUCUAGAUUAAAAAGACAGAUUAUCUGUCAUGCAGUCCUCCAAACCCUGGAAUGAAUUAUUUAGCAUGUCUCUCAGUAAAACGAAAAGAUUAAUUUUGUACUUGGAAUUAUGAAAAGAAAGUUUGUUAGAAUAAUUAAGAAGCAAACCUUGAAAAUUAUGAGCGUAAUUGUUAAAUAUAAGGCACCAAUCCUAUAAACUGUUCUUAAAGGGAAGUGAAAGGCCCUUGCGGUGGUAUAGAAGAAGGUUGCGAUUAGGUUGAUUUAAACAAAGUAAAAUGUAAUCACAUAGGAUUAAAUCAAGAAGCAUGCGUUAAUUUAAAGAGUUAACCGUGUACUUGGGUAAAAGGUAUGAAUGAUGAUUUCGAUCAUUGUGAAGAAACAAUACCAGGAAAAUGUGAAGGAAAUGAUUUGAUUGUAAAUGCCUUGGUAUGUAGUAUGGUUGUCGAAUAUGAGGCUUGUUUUUAUGAUUCUGAAAAUCAUACCUGUAAAAGGCUUGAUAAUGAUAUAACAGAUUGUAAUGUUCAAGGUAUCAACUCAUAUGGAUGUAUGCAAAUCAAAAACUGCUAUUUUGAAAAUUAUACUUGCAAAUUGUUUGAUUAGAACAGCAAUAUGUCAUGCAGAGAUGCUAACUUUGCUAAUGAAUCAGUUUGUUCAUAAAUUAAAGUUGGGACAUGCAAAUAUAACUAAUUAGGAUUUGGAUGCAUAGAAUCAUCAUUUGAUGAUUUUUGUUCUACUCCAGGAAUAAACAUGAAUGGAUGCAAUUAAAUGGAUUAAUGUUAAUGGAAGGAUGAAAUAUGUUAAUGCAAAAAGCUAAUUAUGUAGUAAAAGGAUUGUCUCGAUAAUUAAGAUCAAGAGAAUUGCAAUUAUUCGAGUAAAUGUUCUUUUGAUAUAUCUAUAUCUGAAGAUAGCAAAAGAGUUUGUAAAAAAAUAAAUGAUGGUUUCCAGAAUGUUUGUAAUCAAUUAGAAAGUGGAAAAGCUUGUUAUUAAAAUAUUGCAGGAGAAUGUAAUGAAGCUGAUUCAUGCAAUGAUAUACAAAAUCCAUAAUGUGAUUGUUCUGAAUACAGUUUUGAUAACAUGGCAUGUAUAAACGGGGAUAAUGAUAGGUGUGCUCAAUUUGAAAGUUGUGAGAAGCUGAACUAAAUAGAAUGUGGCAAAUAUACUAGCAAUUGUGUUUUAUUGUUGUCAUGUGUAACAAAACAAUGUCAUCAUAAUAAGGAUAAAUAAAGUUGUAUCAACUUUAAUUGUACUUGGAUCGAUUACUAUUGUAGGGAAUAAAUAUCAUGUUCUGAAAUUAAAACAGAAUAUUAUUGUAAUAUUAAUUAUUAGAAUGGGAUGCAGUGUUCAUGGCAUAGUAUUACUGAGAAUCAUAUAACCAAUUAAUUUUGUACAUUUGAAGGAUGCAAUUCUCUUUAAAAGAAUGUAUUUUGUCAUGGUGUUUAAGUACUAUAAAGUGUUUGUCUCUAAGUUCACUCGAAUCUUUGUCUAACUUGCCAAUAAAUUUUAGAUGCUUGUGAAUGUAUGAAUUAUGCAGAUUAUUGUGAAUAUGAUGUGAAAAAGUAAUUAUGUAAAUCUUUGUCAUGUGAGAGUUACAAUUAGUUAUCUUGUCCCAAAACUCGUUGUUAAUUCAAUUAAUAAAUCAAAAUUUGCAUUCCAUAAUGCUAAUUCAAUUAUAAUAAAAAGUAAUGUCAACAGUUCGAUAUAUGUACUUGGGAUGAUUUAUUUACACCACCCUGUUAUAAAGUUGAAAUCAUUGAAGAAAUUCCUCAAUCUGUUUUUUUGACGAAUAGUUAAAAGAUAUAUUCAUUGCUGAUAUUUAUAGCUAUGCUUCUUUGA